AAUUAUUGUUAAAAAAUAUACACAUUUGCAUAGAGAAAUAAUGCCAGACCAGGAAGAGAGAAGAGCUGAGAGAAUCUUGAAAAGGUUGGAGGAGGAGAUAAUGUGCCCAGUCUGUCUAGUUACUCCGACCUCAACUAGAAUACCAAUCUGUAGGAAUGGGCAUAUCACCUGCUAUCCAUGUAAGAGGCCCACCUGUCCAGUGUGUAGAGUUCAGAUGAUUCCUGAAAUGUAUUCUAUCCUGGCUCAAAAUAUAUCUCAACUACUCCAGCAUCCAGAUCAGUAUACUUGCAGUAAUACAGCUACGGGAUGCACUUGGACUGGAUCAAAGAGCAAUGUACGAAUUCAUCUUGAAACCCAGUGCAAAUACUACACAUGUAAUCAUAAAGAUAGAGGAUGCACUUGGACUGGAUUAAAGAGCAAUGUACCAGUUCAUAUUGAAACCCAGUGUAAUUACUAUUCAUGUGACAAUAAAGAUUCUGGAUGCAGGUGGACUGGAGACCAGAGAGAUCUAAAGUAUCAUAUGGAAAAUGAGUGUAAUUACUAUUCAUGUGACAAUAAAGAUUCUGGAUGCAGGUGGACUGGAGACAAGAGAGAUCUAAAGUAUCAUAUGGAACAUGAGUGUAAUUACUAUUCAUGUGACAAUAGAGAUUCUGGAUGCAGGUGGACUGGAGACAAGAGAGAUCUAAAGUAUCAUAUGGAAAAUGAGUGUAAUUACUAUUCAUGUGACAAUAAAGAUUCUGAAUGCAGGUGGACUGGAGACAAGAGAGAUCUAAAGUAUCAUAUGGAACAUGAGUGUAAUUACUAUUCAUGUGACAAUAAAGAUUCUGGAUGCAGGUGGACUGGAAAGAUCUAA